AUGAUCAAAAAUUUAGAUGCAGAACAUUUAGAUGCAGAAAAUUUAGGUGCAGAAAAUUUAGGUGCAGAAAAUUUAGGUGCAGAACAUUUAGAUGCAGAACAUUUAGAUGCAGAAAAUUUAAAUGAUAAUUCGACAAAUUGUAACAUUCACAUUUCUCAAGACGAUGAAAAGGAUCCAUUUUUGAAUCGCCCCGUUCAGGAAAAUUCACAAAAUUCACAAAACGUCCAAAAUUCACAAGAUUCACAAAACUGCGAAAACACGAAUGAAGCAGACCAAUUUGAUAACAUAACGAUUAUUGGUAAGAGUAAAAUGAGCAAAUCUUCACAUCGAAUUGAAACAAAUAUAGAUCAUAAAUUUGAAAAAGAUAAAGAAUUAGACAUAUCAAAAUAUAUCUAUUUGAGUGAACAUUUGAGAAUACAAAAAGAUAAACAAAUUUUUAUGAGUGUAGAAUUAAAUAAAUAUAUAAAUGAUAACAUUGAACUUAUUAAAAGUUUGGGAAAUUAUAAUAAAUCACCAAAAAAUAUAAUAAAUCAUUUUUUUGAUAUAGGAAUGAAAAUAAGAUUAUUACUUCGUAGAGAUAAGAUUAAAAAACAGAAAAAAAAAAUUGAAAAAAAUGGAAAAUUAAAAAAAAAUGAUAAAUUUUGUAAUAUUCCAAAUUUAUAUGAACAAGAUUCGAAUUGUUCAGAUAGUAGCUAUCUAUUAUCUGAAUCUUCAAACGAAGAUGAACAAAAAGUAGUGAAAAAUAUUAAAGAUUGCCAAAAAAUAAAAACUGAAAAAAAUGAUUUACGUGAUAUUAAAAAUUUAGAAAAAAAUAAAAAUGUAUAUUUUCGAUAUAUAGAUAGUAUAUAUACAAAAUAUGCAAUGAUUAGUAAUAUGAACAUUUCAUAUUUCCAAAAUAUACAAAAUAUUAUAAAUAAAAAUAGUUCAGAUAAAAAUAUAACAGAUAAAGUGGAAACUGAAAUGAAUGAUAUUAGAACCUUUUUUUUAAAUCAAGAAAAUACUAAAGCGAUUGAAAAAAAUCAACAAAUAUUAAGAAAUGAUGUUAUAAAUUCUAUGUUUGGUUUUAACAUAAUAAGUGAUACACAAUGUAUAAAAAUACCUAUCAAAUAUAUAAAUAGUGAAUAUAAAAAAAAUGAAGAAAAAAAAAAUGAAGAAAAAAAAAAUGAAAAAAUAAAUGAUACCAUACAUUACUCUGAAUCUAUUUCAAAAAACAGUGAUAAUGAACAACAUCCAUUUUUAUCAAAACUUAGGAAUGUAAAAAAGGAAGAAAAAAAAAAAAAAAAAAAAAUAGACACAAAAAAUCAAGACAGUAAUUGCACAGAAAAACAAGACAGUAAUUGCACAAAAAAACAAGACAAUAAUUUUCCAAAAAAAAUAUGUGAAUAUAUAUUUGAGUUGCAAAAAAAAAAUUACAAAAUGAAUGGAAAAAUAAAAAAUUUAAAACAAUAUAUAUUAUUAGAUAAUUGGAAAGGUUUUAAAAAUCAUAAUAUAUAUGUAAAUAUGAUAGAUCGAGAAAAAAAAGAAAAUGAAAAAUUAUUUGCAACUUUAUGUUAUGAUCAAAUAAAUUAUAUAAAUGAAAAAAAAGAAAUUAUAUUAAAAAGAGAAGAAAAAGAAAGAUUAAAACUACUUAGAGAAAAUAAUAUGGAUGAAUAUAUAAAAUUAAUAAAAAAUGUGAAAAAUAAAAGAAUACAAGAGUUGUUAGAUGUAACAGAUAAAUUUCUUAAUGAUAUGUCACAUUCUGUGUUAUAUCAAAAAGGAAAAACAAAUAUCAUUUCUUCUGAUUUUUCAAAAGAACCAAUAAAUAUGAGAGAAAAAUAUUAUGAUGUUGCACAUACGAUUAAAAAUAAAAUUAUAAAACAGCCAUCUAUAUUAAUCGGAGGAAAUUUAAUGAAGUAUCAAUUAGAUGGGUUAGAAUGGCUAGUAUCUUUAUAUAAUAAUAAUUUAAAUGGAAUAUUAGCAGAUGAAAUGGGUUUAGGGAAAACUGUACAAACAAUAAGUUUAUUUGCAUAUCUUAAGGAAUUAAAAAUGGAAGAAAAUUGUGAAAAUAAUAUAAAUGAUGAAAUGAAUAAUCAAAUUGGGAAAAAUAUAAUUAUUGUACCAUUAUCUACUUUACCUAAUUGGGUAAAUGAAUUUGAAAAAUGGUGUCCAACAUUAAAAGUUAUAAUUUAUAAAGGAAAUAAAAAUGAAAGAAAAAAUAUUAAUAAAAAUUUAUUAGAAAAUAAUUAUGAUAUAUGUUUAACUACAUUUGAUAUUAUAAUUAAAGAAAAAAAUAUAUUAGGAAAAAUAUCUUGGAAUUAUAUAAUAAUAGAUGAAGGACAUAGAAUCAAAAAUGAUAAUUCUAAACUACAUUCUAUUCUUUCUUUAUUUAUUAGUAAAUAUCGUAUAUUAUUAACAGGCACACCUUUACAAAAUAAUAUGAAAGAAUUAUGGGCUCUUUUAAAUUUUUUACUUCCUAAAAUUUUUUCAUCAUCUACAGAUUUUCAACAAUGGUUUUCAUUUCCAUUAUCUAAUGAACAAACUGUAUAUGAAACUAUGACAGAGGAAGAAGAACUUCUUAUUAUUAAUAGAUUACAUACUAUCCUUUUACCUUUCAUGCUUCGACGUUUAAAAAAAGAUGUAUUAGAAUUUCUUCCAAAAAAAUAUGAAUAUAAUAUAUAUGUACAAUUAUCACUAUAUCAGAAACUAUUAUAUAAACAAAUUGAAAAUAAAAAUUUUAAGCAAAUCAAUUCAGAUGGUACAUUAAAUAACAAAACGUUUCAAAAUACAAUUAUGCAAUUACGUAAAAUUGUUAAUCAUCCAUUUUUAUUUACACAUGAUUAUGAUAUUAAUGAUUUUGUGAUUAAGUCAAGUGGUAAAUUUGAGGUAUUAGAUAGAAUGUUACCUAAAUUAAUAAAAUUUAAACAUAAAAUUUUAUUAUUUUGCCAAAUGACAAAAGUUAUGGAUAUAAUUUCUGAUUAUUUUGAACUUCGAAAAUAUAAAUAUCAUAGACUUGAUGGUAGUGUUAGUUUAUCUGAUCGUCGAGAUAUUAUUGAUAGUUUUAAUCAAAAUAAAUUUGUAAAAAAUUCUGAUAAUAGUUCUCAAAAUAAAAAUGAUUCCCUUUUAUUAGAUCCAGCAUCUAAAUUAGAUGAUACUAUGAUAUUUAUAUUGUCUACAAGAUCUGGAAGUUUAGGUUUAAAUUUACAAGCAGCUGAUACUGUAAUUAUUUUUGAUAGUGAUUUUAACCCACAUCAAGAUAUACAAGCAAUGUGUAGAUGUCAUAGAAUAGGACAAAAAAAUGUCGUAAAGGUUUUCCGAUUUAUUACUCUUUCAAGUGUAGAAGAAUUAAUUUUUCAAAAAGCAAAAGAUAAACUCAAUAUAAAUGAUAAAGUUAUACAAGCAGGGUUAUUUAAUAAAAUAUAUAAUGAUAAUGAUAGACAAAAAAAAUUAAAAAAUAUAAUUAAAAAAAACCAAAAAUAUGAUCCCACUUUACACCCAACUAACCCUAUCAUGCUUAACGAAUAUAUGAGUAGAAGCCCGGAAGAACUCGAAUAUUUUACCAAUUUUGACAGAGACUAUUUUGGAGAAGAAUUAUUCUCACAAUUGCAAUCCAUUCGCCAGAAUGAAACGCAAAAGGCCCAGUUCCGAUACAUGAGCGAGGACGAUGAGGAGGAAAAGGAGGAAAUGGAUGAAAAUGGGCAGGAAAUGGAUGAAAAUGGGCAGGAAAUGGAUGAAAAUGGGCAGGAAAUGGAUGAAAAUGGGCAGGAAAUGGAUGAAAAUGGGCAGGAAAUGGAUGAAAAUGGGCAGGAAAUGGAUGAAAAUGGGCAGGAAAUGGAUGAAAAUGGGCAGGAAAAGGGUCAGAAAAAUGGUCAGAAAAAUGGUCAGGAAAAGGGUCAGAAAAAUGCAGAACGGGUUUGCGAUGCUAGCGGUACUGACUUUGUUUGCGACACCGACGUUGCUGGCGAAAUCGAGCGAAUCCUAAUCGAGUCGAAGAAGCUGGUGUGCGAAUCAGAAUUGCCAGUUCAUUUAUUUUGUGAAGAUAUUGUUGAAACAAAUGAAAUAAAUUUUAAGAGAACAAGGAAAGUAAUUAAUUCUAAUCUAAUAUAUGAAGAAGGACUAACAGAAGAUCAAUUUUGCAAACUAAUAGAUCCAACACCCCCUCAAAUCUGUUCUCAAAACAAUAUCGAGUCUCCUGUUGAAAUUCAAGAUAGUAUGGAAAAUGAACAGUCUCACAAACUUGAUCUUUUAGAAAAACAAACAUUUGAUAUUGGACGUCAAAAUUGUAAUGAUAAUAAAGAGAAAGAAAAAGAAAUCAUGGGAAAUAAAAUACAUGAAUAUAUAGAUAAAAAAAUUUUGAUAUUAAAUAAAACAAGAGAUGAUAAUAUAUCUAGUUUAGAAAAUAAUUAUCUCGAAGAAAAUGAAAGAAAAGAUGAAUUGGAAAAUCAAGACAAACCAAGUGAUGUAGAAAAAGAAGAAAAUAUUAUUAAAAAACGAAAGGGCGAAGAAAUAUAUAUCAACAAUUUUGAACAAAAUUAUUCACAGUUAUCUGGACCAUCUGAUAUGUUAGAUGAAAAAGAGAACAAAAAAAGGAAAAAAAAUGGUGGGCAAAUUUAA